CAAAGGUUCCUCUUCAAAUGUGUGCAAGAGCCUGUAUCGGGUCGGCGCAAGACAGACAAGGAUAGGCGUUCGUUGGCCCCGGUCCCCAUAGUGCGGAUGUGGGUCAAGGAGUGUUAUCAAGACGUCAUGGGCGGAUGGUCGGAAAGUGAUCUCGACUUGAGUGAUAUCGACCCGUCUUGUCUGAUCUGCGAAGCUGAGAUCUCACCCCCUGUGGACCUACCCGCCGGCGUUCUUCCCCAAUCUCUCAAGACGCAAGGCCCCUCAAACCACCGGUCCUCCUGGAUCUCGGAUCAACAUUGGGACACCCGUUCGGUGGCUGGUCCGAGCGGGACCAUGCAGGGCUACCCGGAGCAGGUUCAGCAUUUGAUAGCGGACGCUCCUGGUGAUACGGGGCGCACGCGGAAGUUACCUCACGCCCAACCAGACGAGGAAUUGGAGGGGUCGGGAAGGUCAGGCAAGAAGGCUCGUCUCGAGGUUGGCAGGAAUCUGUUCGGGGCGCUACAUGUGUCGGGCGUCAAGGUCGUCGCACCUUCUGGGGAGCUAGGAUUGUGGUUUCUCUUUACCGAUCUAUGCGUCGGCACCGAGGGAAACUAUCGGCUGCGCUUUCGUGUCUUUGACUUGUCUGUCAUCAAACCCCAGAUGCCGCCCGUCCCGCAUUUCGCCAAUUGCGAGAGCGAGAUAUUCAAGGUGUGGGCACCAAAGGCCUUCCCAGGCAUACCGAAGCCGACCGAGUUGACGGAGCAUUUCAUCAAGCAGGGCUUCAAGCUGAAUGCACGUAAGAACGAACGCACGGCUAGGACACCACCGCCGGAAUAA